ACGAGUCUCCGAUUUGGGCAGCCAAUAAACGAGCAGGGAGGCAGAGAAGGAGGUUGAGGGGUGGGCGGGCCAUUGAGAGAGCAACAAACACACAGCAGUCACACACGCUGCCUGGCAAUAAGGAGGGAGAAAGGGGCAGUCACACACUCUGGGAGAUACACAAACACACAGGCGAGUGGCCAUGCUUGUACUACAGUGCAACCCAGGCUCAUUAAGCUGAAUCUGUCCAUUCAGAGCAUCUGUGGCACAGCCUGGACUGACAACUGCACCUCUACACAAACUGACACAUCAGACACAACACAAGCGCUGCAGCCCUAGCCUUCCUCUUUGCAAGGAGGUGGGAGUGGAUCGUGAUUGAGAAGCUCUCCUUGGCUCCUGGGAACAACAACAACAAAAAGCGGCCGAGCAGCAGCAGUCCCUUAACGGUUCGUCGGGAAAUAUAAAGAAGCAGAUGAAGUGAAAGAAGGAGGAAUUGAAAGUGCACGGGAGGUGAUGCUUGCAGAUAAACUGAAAUUUGCAUGGGAAGAGUUUUAUCAUAUUUCUUCAACACUGGGGUCUUGACUUGACAGCACCGCAGAAACCUUUCUUUAAUAAAUGACUGCAUAUUGGAACAGCAUAAGAUCCCUUUGCAUAUGGAGGAACCAGGAGGACGAGUCUGGCAAUUGAUGGGUUUGAUUUGAAUCAUUGCAUGGUACAAACAGACUCAGAAAAUCCUUAUACUUCACUUGUUGAUAGCUAAAUAUUAUAUUGCAAUUUGAGAUUAUCCCAUCUGUGUAUCAAAAAAGUCUUCCAUGACCACAAAAUGACCUUCAGACGUGUUUAUCAGCAUGAAGACGGUGUGUCACAUGAAUAACCAUUAUAUCAUUGUUGGAAAAUGUAUAUUAAUAGAGAGAGGAAUCAUUUAAAGGGUGUGAACGGAAUGUCUGUGGAUGAGAAGACUGAAUCCCCCAUGUACGUGUAUGAAUCAACAGUCCAUUGUACUAAUAUCCUUCAGUGCCUCAAUGACCAGUGGAAACAGGACAUUCUAUGUGAUGUUACAUUAAUAGUAGAAGGGAAAGAGUUCCGGGCCCACCGCGCAGUCCUAGCUGCAUGCAGUGAAUACUUCUUGCAAGUAUUGGUUGGACAGACUGAACAUGGCUUGGUUGUCAGUUUGCCUGAUGAGGUCACAGCUAGAGGAUUUGGUCCAUUGUUGCAGUUUGCCUACACUGCUAAGCUGUUACUGAGCAAAGAAAACAUCCAAGAAGUCAUCCACUGUGCUGAAUUUUUACGUAUGCACAACCUGGAAGACUCCUGCUUCCGAUUUCUUCAGACGCAGCUACUAAACAAUGAGGAUGGAUUGUUUCUGUGCAAGAAAGACACCUCACGCCAGCCUAUGCAUAUUGAUACGUUUGAUUGUGAAGAAGAAACAAUGGAAUCUGAAACCUCAAAAAUAUCCUGCCCCAAGGAAAGAAUGCAUCAGGAGUCUUUCAAUUUCAGCGCAGGAGGAAGGGUGAUAGACAGAAAUGAUAUUAUAUCGCCUAAUUGUGAUAUGCAAAAGGACAAAGAGAGUUUAGACAAGGAUUCAAUAAUCCGCUAUCCAAAAUACAAGAAAUACCAGCUUGCUUGUACUAAAAAUGUUGGCAAUGCAUCCCACAGUACCUCAGGUUUAACAAGCACAUUUAGUGAACAGAAUUCUGAAACUGGUCUAAAACCAGGAUUCCCCUUAAACCAGAUCAAGAGUGAGCCCCAUGAUGAUGACAAUGAAGAAGAGAGUAUAACUCUAUGCUUGUCCGGAGAUGAAACCGAUAUCGGAGACAAAGAUGGGGAUGUUGAGAUGGUCAGGAAACAGCCCAGCCCUGUUUGUAUUGAUAACCCCAAGAGUGUAUCAUCACCAUCCUGUUUAAGAACUUUUUUUAGCAGAACAAACGGGGCAGAGUUAAUGGAUUUUCCUGCUACUUCCCAACAGCAUUUCGCCAGAAGUCCUGCAUGCCCUGUAGAAAAGAGAGCAACUCAGGGUGACCAUAAAACUGAAUACAACUCUUUUAUUGGGAAUUUUGAACCUCAUAAGGAUUCAUUUAACUGCUUAAUAGCAUCCCCUCUCAGGGGGUCUGGUUCAGAGCUGGCCUCUAAACAUGAGGUGGAACUAGACAGGAGGAGUGUCAUAUUCUCUUCAAGUGCUUGUGACCAAAUAAGCACUCCGGUGCAAUCAUACUCUGGUGUGAGCUGCUUAGACAAAGAGUUUUCUGAGCAUGUGCCAAAGGGUUUGUGGGCAGGAGGUAGCCAAUCUCUCCCUAGCUCCCAUGCCUUUUCCCACAGUGGACUGGUAGCAGACCCCUUGCCGGGAAGACUGCGGCCUAACCCCAGUUGCCCUGUGCCAAUUAAAGUUUGCCCCCGUUCCCCGCCAUUGGAAACCAGAACUAGGACAUCUAGCUCUUGCUCAUCGUACUCAUAUGCAGAAGAUGGCAGUGGUGGUUCACCUUGCAGCCUUCCUCUCUGUGAAUUUUCAUCAUCUCCCUGUUCCCAGGGUCCACGAUUUCCAACCAAUGACCAUCAAGAAGUUUGUUCAAUGGCAGACUCUCUCUAUAACAGUAGGCCCCAGAUAAAAUGUGAGCGGUCAUAUGGAACUAAUUCAAGUGAUGAGUCUGGAUCUUUUUCAGAAGCAGACAGUGAAUCAUGUCCUGUACAGGACAGAGGACACGAGGUCAAACUGCCCUUCCCUGUUGAUCAAAUCACAGAUCUUCCACGCAACGAUUUCCAGAUGAUGAUAAAGAUGCACAAGCUGUCCUCCGAGCAGCUGGAAUUUAUUCAUGAUGUGCGGCGCCGAAGCAAAAACAGAAUUGCUGCCCAGCGUUGCCGCAAAAGGAAACUAGACUGCAUUCAGAACUUAGAAUGUGAAAUACACAAGCUAGUGUGUGAAAAGGAGAAGUUGCUGACAGAAAGGAACCAACUGAAGGCAUGCAUGGGAGAAUUACUGGACAAUUUCUCUUGUCUUUCCCAGGAAGUCUGUAGGGAUAUCCAGAGCCCUGAGCAGAUACAAGCUCUGCACAGAUAUUGCCCUGUGCUACAGCCCAUGGAUCUACCCACAGCUGCCACUUUCAAUCCCUUACCAGCACAAGGAGAACAAAACCUUGUAACAGCUCAGGAUGUAAGUGAUGACAUGCCAUGCUGCAAUGAGCAAGGCUCCGUACCACUAGGAGCUCAUUCACUUCCUAAUAACAUCACAGAAAAUUGUAUAGCAAGAUGUGUUCCUGAGGGAUCUGAUCAUGGUACCUACACGGGGAGGGGGGAGUGCAUGGAACAGAUCAGCCAAACAGUGACAGUGGACUUCUGUCAGGAAAUGACCGACAAAUGCACAACAGAUGAACAACCAAGGAAAGAUUUCACCUAGUGACGUUAGUGCUGUGCGGUUUGUAUAGUCUACAAAAAGUCUUGUGUCAGCCAUUGGCCACCACUGCCUCCUGGAAACAUUAUUGGUGCACACUACAGCAGUCUUAGCAGCAAUACUGUUUUAUAAAGUAUUUCCCUCCUCUCUGGAUGCAGGAGAUCUCUUCACGAUGGUGCUAUAUACACCUUGCUCAAGCAGGGAACUGAACAGUGGCAUCACUGUCCUCCUUAUGUUUUUAUUUUAUUUCUUAAUACAUGUUACCUUCAGAUAAUAACAGGGAUGGACCUAACACCUUGGAGGACCUAACAGCAGCUUAUAUUCUCAGUGACCACGCGUCACAAAACCCUAUCUCAGGAAUUUUCCUCUGAAUGUUCAUUUUGUUUUCAUUGAAGACAGCUAAAACAAAAAACAAGGUUUUAUAGGUAAACUGUAAAUAGGUUAUAUAUCCAUAUGCAAAAAGUAGACUUGCCCCCAUGAUUUUCACACCCUAAAACUGGAACGCUCGUGUCUGUAUUGUAAUACCAAGAUACAACAUUCCUUUUUUUGACACUGAUGCUAUCAACUACAAUUUAUAAGUAUUUUCAACACUGUUCCUCUGCAUCUUUUUGUAUUUAGCAAUGAAAGGCAGCAUCAGAUGCUUAUGGUUUCUUCAACUAACAUCUGACAGGGCACGACUUUCCCAUCCUGCACCAUUUCAGUACUGCAAGUUAUUAGCGGGUACUUUUUUUCUUGCUGAUACUGUACAUUUUUUGCCAUUCUUGCCACUUGCACUGAGUUUUGCUGUAAUUUAAACAAGGCUUUUUGUGUAUUAUCUUGUAUGUAAACUAAGGAAGGAAAAAAAAAAGAAAAUACUCAGGAGAAUAUAACAUAAAGAACAUUUCUUGCCAAAUAUUGCAUUCACCAUCUAGUGUUACAUUGGUUUAGAUUUUUUUUUUUGAUCCAUUCCCCUCAAACUGAAUGCCUGUUCCUAAAAACUGAGCAGUAUUUAAUGUAAUGUAUAUGUUGGGUGGGUGGGAAUUCAGUGGCAUAGACAAGCUUGCUUUCAUAGGCUGCAAAUACUUGUUCUGAGAUAGCUAUUAUGAAUCUGAGGGUUAUUAUAUGGACUUUAUGUGCCAAUUAAUUAAGGCCCUGAAAACCAGUUGAAAUCAGUUACCUCAUAUCAACAAUGCCAAAAGCCUAUCUUUUUUCACAUUAUUUCUUGCGAGUGCCGUAGGCAACUGCUAUAGUAAAUAUAUAUAUAUAUAUAUAUAUAUAUAUAUAUAUAUAUACUAUUUGGCCAAAAGUUUCUGGGCAUCCCUCCCAAUUAUUUUAAUUUGUUGUUUGUCACACCCUUCACUGAGGACAGGUGUUCCGACAUCAUAGAAAAACAAUUCCGUGCUUUCUGCUUUGUGGCAAAGGUUUGGUGAAUAUCUUUGGCCAAUACACAAAGUGAGGUACAUACAGUUUUGGUUUUCAAAAAGUGGAAGUGGACGUACUUGACUAUCUUACACGGGGUACUGACCUCAACCCAACUGAACUGUGGGAUGAGCUGUAACACUGUUGUGAGCCAGGCUUGAUCCCUAAUAUCAGUCCCCAACCUCAAACAUUCAACCAACAGUGUUCCAACAUCUAGUGGCAAGCCUUUUCAGAAGAGUAGAGGGUAAAAGCUGUUUGUAGCAGUAAUGAUAGGACCAAUAGCAUACAAAUACCCUUGCUUUUGGAACAAGAUAUUUGACAGGCAGGUAUCCACAUAUUUUCGGCCAUAGAGAGAGUGUGUGUUUGUGUGUGAUCUGUUCUCCCCCAGUGGCAUGUAUUUGCUUUGAGCUGACUGGGCCAGUCUGGUUGAUGUAUUCAACCAGAUGUAUUGCCCCGAACAAUUGUUGGAAAUAGAAGGAAAUGUCUUUGUGCUGUAUUUGUUAGAAAGAGUAUGAGGAACAUUGUUUUAAAUAUCGUUGUGUAAUUGUGAAGCUACGUUGCUCUUAGCUGCAAGCAUGACCAAGCAGUACAGAUGAGAGCUGCUAACUGAUGCCUUUGCACUGCAGCUUUGAAGCAACCUCUCAGUUUAUUAAGCUCGUUGCGCACACACCAGUUGACUUUGUUCAGAUUUUAUUUCACAGCCCUUGAAGUUUUGAAUUAAAGUAAUCUGGAUGAUAAACUUUGGACCCAUAAGACAUGGACUCUCUGCAUGUUUUCCAUGUGUAGGUUGCUAUUGAAAUGUUCUAUAUUCUGCAUAUAUAGAGUGCACCUCAAAAAAAAUUGUUGGCAAUCAUUCAAUUAGGCUUCUUAACUUAUAAUGCGCUUGCCGUAAUGAACGUUUUUUUUUAAGGCUUUAAUGUUUUACUCCAUAAAAUUAUAGUAAACUGUACGUAAAUGCUUUUGCUUUUUUUGCCAGUUUUACAAUGUGUCCUUUUGCUUUCAUUAUCCAACAUGUACACGCCUCUAGCGAUUACUUCACUAGAAUUCUCCAGUGCAUUAGCAUUUUCAGUAA